CGUAUCAAAAAUUUUUAAACCCCAAAUAAGUGUGAUUCUUGGGCGAAAUAGAAGGCGUUGAAUGCGUAAGAGUUCCGUCUCAGGUGGAGGUGGGAUGCCACGACCAACGUCUUCUCUACAACAGCUGUAACUUCCCGCACGCGAGCUGUCUCAGCGGGGGACGAAAACCCAAAUUAUAGAGGCAGCGCCCAGGAGAAGAACUCGCAAUGGGAUAGGACGCAGCGAUGUCGCACGAGCGUCACGCAUCGUCCGCCACCGCUCUCAUGGCUGAAGAAGACAACAUGUUCGUUGAUAUAUUGCAAGAAGCUCCAUUAUCUGUUCAUCGGCAGCGUAGAAGCAUAUUUGGCAGUGUUAUGUAUUGUUUCUUAUUGGCCGGUUAUGCUGUCUUGGCUGCAGCAGCUCCAUGGAUAUUUGUUCUAAUACCGAAACUGUUACCAACAUUGCUCUGCAGUUCAAAUGUCAUCCUUCUGAUAGUUACAGCCAUAUUCCAGCAAUAUUUGGUUUACCAAGUUAGGAAAGUGCGCUUGCAGGGUUAUUACACUUUCAGCCAGAAAUUAAAGAACAUAGCUCGCCUUCCAUUUGCCGCUAUUGCUUAUGGAACUGCUUUGAUGCUACUCGUCUUAGUCUGGCGGCCUUAUAUACAUAUAUUAUCUGUCUCAACAUUGCUAAGGAUUGUCAUGUUUGUUGAAGUCAUAUGUGCGGGAUGUUUCAUGAGUAUGUAUAUAGGGUGCGUUCAUCAAUAUAAUUCUUUAAAUGGUCAACCUGAUGUCUUGAAGUCACUUUAUUCUGCAUUACAGCCAUCUAGUUCAUUGGAGGAGCUGAGUAGAUAUCAUGAUGGUGGCCGUCUUUCUGAUCAACAAAUGGCGUUGUUGCAAUACCAAAGGGAAAAUCUUCAUUUUUUGAGCGAGGAGGUUCUCCGUUUACAAGAAUGCUUAAGCAAAUAUCAACGAUCUGAUGAUGGAAGUACCCCACAGGUUGACCUUGCUCAUCUGUUAGCAUCUCGUGAUCAAGAACUCCGUGCUCUAUCUGCUGAGAUGAAUCAGGUGCAUUCAGAGUUACGCCUCGCCCGUUGCUUGAUUGUCGAGAGGGACUCUGAAAUCCAGCGUAUUCGUGUAACCAACAAUGAGUAUGUCGAGGAAAAUGAAAGACUGAGAGCUAUUCUUGGAGAAUGGAGUGCUCGAGCGGCAAAGCUUGAAAGAGCAUUGGAAGCAGAGCGCCUGUCAAAUAUGGAACUGCAAAAGAGCAUAGCAAAACUGCAAAACAAGUCAGCUGGUACAUCGGCUGAAGACGAUCAAGUUUGAUUCUUGGAAGAUUUGGGAUCCCUACUCUUGGGUAUCGUUUCAAAGGUGAUGUAGACUGUGAUGUACAUGAUGGCCAAAGGCAUCUACUGGAGACGCUUGUGAUCUUUCAGGCUGAAGGAUAUCCCAAGUAGUACUGAGUGAGGCAAGUAGUUGAUCUAUGGUCCAGUGAUGGUCCAAUGAUUUAAUCUGACACUUGAGAUUUUGUUGAAGUACAGCUUGUACAUAGAUGUAGAAGUUAUUUGUUAUUUGUUGAGUUAUAAUGUGGUGCAAUCAAACUUUUUGAUCAAUUAAAACCAGGGGCUGAUUUUGUUGGUGUUGGGAGUAAUAAUGGAUACGGGUUUGCCUUA